GCGCAAACUCGACGAAAACAUCUCAAAGAUGCAAGAAUGCUCAAUAAGGGACAUAAUUGUCGUCGGUUCCUCUGACUGAGAAACCCGAGGACUAAGGUACGUUACCUUAGGUAAUGAGUUACACUACCAAGGUGCGAGGUAUCCCAUAAGGUACAUGGAUGGGUACUUCCAGCAAGUUCGGUUCCGUGCUCCGAUAUCGACACCGGUCUCUCGGUCCGUCAGUGACGCGACUCCGAUAAUUUUUCUUCCCAGUGUCUUCCACCACCACGACGUCCAACUCAACCUUGCUACUCCCACUCUCCCAACCGCCGUCUAAAUCACUCAAUUGCGGCCAAGAUGUCGAUCCGAACCCUCAGGAUCGGCCUCAUUCCCGGCGAUGGCAUCGGCAAGGAAGUCAUCCCGGCCGGCCGCCGCAUCCUCGAGGCCCUCCCCGCCUCGCUAGGCCUCAAGUUCGAAUUCACCCCUCUGGAAGCCGGCUUCGAGACCUUCGAGCGCACCGGCGCCGCCCUCCCGGAUGCCACCGUCGAGGUCCUCCGAUCAGGCUGCGACGGUGCCCUCUUCGGAGCCGUCUCCUCCCCCUCCCACCCGGUCAAGGGCUACUCCUCGCCCAUCGUCGCCCUCCGCAAGAAGCUGGACCUCUACGCCAACGUCCGGCCCGUCAAGUCCGUCAUCCCCGCCACAGCCACAGCCUCCUCGUCUUCGUCCCCGAUCAAGCCCGUCGACAUGGUCAUCGUGCGCGAGAACACCGAGGACCUCUACGUCAAGGAGGAGAAGACCUUCGACGGGCCCCAGGGCCGCGUAGCCGAAGCCGUCAAGCGCAUCUCCGAGCGCGCCUCGCACCGCAUCGCCGCCAUGGCCGGCGAGAUCGCCCUGCGGCGCCAGAACAUCCGCGCCGCCGGCACCCCGAGCAUCCACGCCUCCCCGCUCGUCACCAUCACCCACAAGUCCAACGUCCUGUCGCAGACGGACGGGCUCUUCCGCACCACCGCGCGCGCCGCCCUCGCCGCGCCGCGCUUCGCCUCCGUCGCCGUCGAGGAGCAGAUCGUCGACAGCAUGGUCUACAAGCUCUUCCGCCAGCCCGAGGCCUACGACGUCAUCGUCGCGCCCAACCUCUACGGCGACAUCCUGUCCGACGGCGCCGCCGCCCUCGUCGGCUCCCUCGGCCUCGUGCCCAGCGCCAACGUCGGCGAGGGCUUCGCCAUCGGCGAGCCCUGCCACGGCUCCGCCCCGGAUAUCCAGGGCCAGGGCAUCGCGAACCCCAUCGCUACCCUGCGCAGCACGGCCCUGAUGCUCGAGUUCCUGGAGGAGGAGGCUGCCGCGGCUCGCAUCUACGCUGCUGUCGAUGCUAACUUGGCUGAAGGGAAGCUGCUGAGCCCGGACCUCGGCGGCACGGCCAAGACUGAUGAGGUGGUGGAGGACAUUCUGAGGAGGCUAUAGGUUCAAAGUAGGACAAGGGCUGAAAAGGGGGGAAGACUCAAAAGGGGGUUGGGAUGGGAAGUAGGAAUGGAGUGGACGAUAAUUACAAUAGCCCAAUACUGGAAUCUGUACUCUUCAUGUCAUCUAUGGACCUCUACUACAAAAAAGUCCCAACUGCAAUAGAUCUGAAAAACGGUGUCUCUGUUAUGACCUACUUCAGAACAGAGUCCGCUGCC